UUUUCUUUGGGAAGCGAAGGUGGAGCCCGGAGGCCUUGGAGCCGGCUUCCUCUGAGGCCCGGAGAGCCGCGGGCUUGGGUGUCACGUUGUCAUAAUUAUCAUCCCGCGGCCAAAGGUGGGGCCAGAGGCCCCAAAGACUAAAUCAUUGUUAUUUGUGUGGAGGAACUGGUUCCACAGGCUCUAAGCGCUGCCGUGCAUCAGGAGGGGCUCCCAUCCCACACCAGUUAAAAUCGAUUCUCCAGAAGUGGGACCCAGGCAUCGGUAUUUUUAUUAAAGCUCUCCAUGUGCUUUUUAUAUGCUGGUGACCCUGUUAAGCCAGGAAUGCAAGACCACAGGGUCAUAGCCCAGGUGCCGGGGCCCUUCGUGUUGGGUGUCCAUUUAGAGUCUCACAAUCAGAGAUGGAAGCAAAGGCGGCAUCGUGGAACCCUACCGAGUCUUGGUCUUCUCAUCCGGUCUAUGCGAGAUACUGGCAACAUUAUUAUCAAGCAAUGGCUUGGAUGCGAAGCCACCACAAUGCCUAUCGGAAGGCCGUGGAGUCCUACGUCAGCUCCCCAGGGUACUUCCCUCCCGCCGCUUUUCCCCAGGGCUCUUAUGCUGAGGAUGGCCAGCCUCCCCAGUGCUUCUAUGACCAGCCCUGGGCCUCCCAGCACGCCCCCUGCGCCUCUUCCCUUUCUCCGAGGUGUGGGCAGCACCCGCACAGCAGCACAAGAGAAGACCAAGCUUGGGCGGCAGAGGAGGAGGAGGAGGACGAGGAGAUGGAGAGCGAUUCAGAUUCAGACGAGGGGGUCGAAUGCGACCUGAGCAACAUGGAGAUCACUGAGGAGCUCCGCCAGUACUUCGCGGAGACCGAGAGGCACCGGGAGGAACGGCGGCGGCAGCAGCAGCUGGACGACGCGCGCCUGGAGGACUACGUGAACGCCGACCAUGACCUGUACUACAGCACGAGCCUCUCGGGGGAGUCCCCGUCCGAGAGGCCCGGCGAGCAGCGCCAGGCCGAGAUGAAGCGCCUGUACGGUGAAGGCGCCGCCAAGAUCCAGGCCAUGGAAGCCGCUGUGCAGCUGAGCUUCGACAAGUACUUCGACCGAAAGCGGCCCAAAUACUGGCCGGUCAUCCCGCUGAAAUUCUGAGCCCUGCGGCCUGGGCACCCAGCCACCACCACCUCUCUUUUGGGAUUUGCUCUCGUCAUCUACUGUGUGUUUUCUUGGGGAAGGGGGACUUGAUACUGAAACAUCAGCACGUUCACCAGAGUCCCAGGGGCCCGUCAACCACUUGGAAGCGGCAGCACGCGGACUUCUGCCAACAUGAAAUUUUCUUUUGACCAAAAUUGAAAUACUUUUUAAAAAAAGAUUUUUAUUGGGGAAUUGGGGGGAUGGG